AUGCUCAAGCUCGCCGAGCUUCUCUGCCUCGCCGAUCUCGAGGUCACCUUCCUCAACUCUGACUACAUCCAGAGCCGCCUGCUCCGGUUCUCUGACGUGGAAUCCCGUUUUGGGCAGUACCCAGGCUUCCGGUUCGCCAUAAUAACGGACGGGUUGCCAGAGGACCACCCGCGCUGCGGUUACGAGGCUCGAGAGUUGUUCAACUCGACGAAGGCAGUGACGAGACCGGUAUUCGGGGAGAUGCUGGUUUUGGGUCGACUGAGGUCCGCGUCGGGGAGGCCGGUCACAUGCAUCAUAGCCGACGGGUUGCUGACUUUCGCCAUUGAUUUCGCGAAAGAGAUCAGAGUUUGGUGCUUCUUGUUCAGAACUACUAGUGCUUCUUGUUUUUGGGCUAAUCUUUGCAUUCCUAAGCUCAUUGAAGCUGGGGAGCUUCCAUUUCAAGGCAAUGACUUGGAUAAGCCAGUGAAGAACGUAGCAGGGAUGGAAAAGUUCCUAAGACGUCGAGAUCUUCCAGGCUUCUGUCGCUCCAUCGAUGCGACCGAGGCCACUCUCCAAUUCAUCGCCAACGAGAGCCAACAAAACGCGAGAGCCGACGCUCUCAUCUUCAACACCUUUGAUGAGCUCGAAUCGCCGAUCCUCACUCACAUCCACAACCACGGCUCUUUCCCUGAAAUAUAUGCCAUCGGACCCCUCCACGUCCAUCUCAAAUCGAUACUAACGGCAGCCGACGCCAACAUGCCGGUCUCGAGAAAUAAUGGGAUUUUGAGAGAGGAUAGAAGCUGCAUGGGUUGGCUCGACGACCAGCCGCCGAAGUCGGUGGUCUACGUGAGCUUCGGGAGCCUUGUGGUGAUCACAAGGGACCAGGUCAUGGAAUUCUGGUACGGUUUGGUCAACAGUGGGGUGAGAUUCUUGUGGGUGUUGAGGCCGGACUUCAUCGCCGAGAAAGAUGGCAGUGACCGGAUCCCUGCCGAACUCGCGGAGGCCACGAACGAGAGAGGUUAUCUAGUGGAGUGGGCCCCACAAGAGGGGGUCCUGGCCCACCCGGCCAUCGGCUGCUUCCUGAGCCACGGCGGAUGGAACUCGACCCUGGAGGCGGUAGCCGCCGGAGUCCCCAUGAUCUGCUGGCCCUGCUUCGCCGACCAGACACUGAACAGCAGGUUCGUGGGCCGAGUGUGGAGGAACGGGGCGGACAUGAAAGACGCCUGCGACAGGGUCGUGGUGGAGAGGAUGGUGAGAGAUCUGAUGGAUCCAGAGAAGGACAAUGAGUUCAGAGAUUCUGCAGAGAAGAUGGCAAAGCUUGCCAGAACCAGUUCUGGCUUCGGAGGCUCGUCCUAUCGCCAUUUGGAGAGGUUGAUUCUGGAUAUCAAGAACAUGGCAGCUCAUCGAAAUUGA